AUUUCCCCGCAGGCUUGCCGCUUGCGGGCCUUGCCAAAUAUUUACAUACACUCUCGAGCCCUCCCGCUGCUUCCGACCCCUCUCUGCUCACCAUGUCUCAAGCAUUCCUCCGACUUGCCUGCCGUACACCCUCUCUGCGAGCUUCCAGCUCGAUCCCUAGGGUCGUGAGAAGUUCAGCUCGGUCGUUCUCGGGAUCGUGCGUUGUACGCUCGGAUGUACAACCAACGUCGCUGGACACCUUCACGGAUGAGGAGCAGAUGCUGCGCGAGUCUGUCGCGCGGUUCGCGCAAGAGGUGAUAGCUCCCAAGGUUCGGGAGAUGGACGAGGCCGAGAUGAUGGACCCAGAGCUCAUCAAGGCGCUCUUUGAGCAGGGGUUGAUGGGCAUCGAGACCAGCGCCGACCAUGGCGGCGCCGAGUCAUCAUUCACCUCUGCAAUCAUCGCGAUCGAGGAGCUCGCGAAGGUCGACCCGUCAGUGUCGGUCAUGUGCGACGUACACAAUACCCUCGUGAACACCGUCCUCCGCAAGUACGGAACGAAGGAGCAGCAGGAAAAGUGGCUGCCUCUCCUGUCCGAGUCCCAGCUCGGAUCCUUCUGCUUGUCAGAAUCUGCCUCGGGCUCGGAUGCUUUCGCCCUGCAGACACGCGCGGUCAAGGACGGGAACGACUAUGUGAUCAACGGGAGCAAGAUGUGGAUCACAAACUCAUACGAGGCAGACAUCUUCCUCAUCUUUGCAAAUGUAGACCCAAGCAAGGGGUACAAGGGUAUCACCUGCUUUAUCGCGACGAAGGACAUGGGCAUCCAGAUCGCGAAGAAGGAGCAGAAGCUCGGUAUUCGUGCUUCGUCGACAUGCGCACUGAGUCUGGAUGACCUGCGGGUUCCGGCUGAGAACAUUAUUGGCGGUGAGGGCAAGGGGUACAAGAUUGCCAUCGAGAUCCUGAACGAGGGUCGCAUCGGCAUCGCCGCGCAGAUGCUCGGCCUUGCCCAGGGUGCCUUCGCCAAAGCGGUGCCCUACACCUUCGAGCGCAAGCAGUUCGGGCAGGCCGUAGGCACCUUCCAGGGCCUCUCUUUCCAGCAGGCGCGCGCGGCGUGCGAGAUUGAGGCGGCUCGGCUGCUGACGUACAAUGCUGCGCGGCGGAAGGAGGAGGGGAAGUCGUUCGUGCGCGAGGCGGCGAUGGCGAAGCUCGUCGCGAGCGAGGUCGCGCAGAAGGUGAGCGGGGCGGCGAUUGAGUGGGCCGGUGGAGUUGGGUUCACGAGGGAGACGGGGAUUGAGAAAUACUGGAGGGACUCGAAGAUUGGCGCGAUCUACGAGGGGACGUCAAACAUCCAGCUACAGACUAUCGCAAAGUUCAUUCAGAAAGAGUACUCGUAGUGCUGUGUGCAUGUGGAUGAACAUACUUUCAUGGGUUUUGGAGGUCAAACGAUCUAAAUCGUGCACAAUGCACGUUAUAUAUUGACAAGAUUGCAUUUUUGGUGCGCCCGCAUUAAUGGAGGCAAAUAGCGUUACGUGCCGCCGAACCAGGCAAC